AUGACAAAUCUUGGCCCAAAUCAUGUUGAUGUCGCUGAGUGUUUAUACAAUCUUGCUGAGGUGUAUACUCAAACUGAAAACUACGACAAAGCUGUAGAGUUUCAUGAAAAAGCUCUUGAAAUAAAAAAACAAUCGUUAGGUCCAAAUCAUGUUGAUGUCGCUGAGUGUUUUGACAAUCUUGCUGCGGUGUAUUCUGAAACUGAAAACUACUUCAAAGCUAUAGAUUUUUACGAAAAAGCUCUGGAAAUUCGAAAACAAUCGUUAGGUCCAAGUCAUGUUGAUGUCGCUACGUCUUUAAAUAAUCUUGGUUCGGUGUAUGAUAAAACUGGAAACUACGACAAAGCUAAAGAGUUUUACGAAAAAGCUCUGGAAAUUCGAAAACAAUCGUUAGGUCCAAAUCAUGUUGAUGUCGCUGCGUCUUUAAACAACUUUGAUUUGGUGUUAUAUGAAACUGGAAACUACGACAAAGCUAUAGAGUUUUACGAAAAAGCUCUGGAAAUUCAAAAACAAUUGUUAGGUCCAAAUCAUGUUGGUGUUGCUGCGUCUUUACACAAUCUUGCUUUGGUGUUUGAUAAAACUGGAAACUACGACAAAGCAAUAGAAUUUUACAAAAAAGCUCUGGAAAUUCGCAAAAAAACGUUAGGAACUAGUCAUGUUGAUGUCGCUAAAUCUUUUAAAAAAUCUAGGUGUGAUGUAUUAUGAAACUCGGGAAUAUAACAAAGCUUUAGAGUUAUACUUUAGUAGCUACGUGUUUCAAAGAAAAUUGUGCCUUCCAAAUUA